CUUCUCAAGCCCAAUCAGAGGGAAGGAUAAAGCCAUGCAAACAGAGAUGGGCCCUGCCUGGCCAGAAUUCUAUCUCCUCCUCAAACUGUCCACAGCACUGUUGAAAGAAAGCAAGGAAAGAAACUGCUGACAACAAGGUUAUCUGCAUAACUUAUAUCUCCAAGGGCCAAAAAGAAGCUGACUGAAACGGCUGUCUCUUUUCACUGAACAACACACACAUACCUGGCCAGAGAUGUAGCAAGGCUUUGGAAUACUCUCCCAUCAUGAGUAACGGACCUUGGGUGGGAACAUGGAGGCCUCAUCAUCCAAGGGGCCCAGUCAUGGCCCAGUAUUCCAGUCCUGGGCCCAAGUACUACAUACAAGGAACAACAGGAUAUGUAUCACACAUGCCAACCAAAAGGAGAGCUCCUGCCUACAGCAUCCAUGGCACAAGACCUUCACUCAGCAAAGACUCUACUCCAGGUCCUUACAAUGUGCAGAGCUCUAUGACACACAGGGGAAAGAAAACAGCUCCAGCUUAUACGAUGACUGGACGCCCCAGAGCGAAAUCAAAUGUCACCCCAGGCCCUGCCUCCUACUCACCGGAAAAGGCAAACAAAGUUGUAUUUAAACGUGCUCCUGCACAUCAAAUGAUGUUCCGAACUCCAGGUGCCAAAGUAGACAGCACUCCAGGUCCUAAUGCUUAUGUAAUCCCUGAGGUGCUUGGACCACAUGCAGUGGCAACAACAGCCAGUCCUUCUUAUUCCAUGGUAGGGAAGAGUUAUAUUGGGUGUUUCCAUGAAGACCUUCAUAAGACCCCAGGUCCUGCUGCAUAUAAGAAGCCAGAUGCAGAGAUCUACAAAAAGAGAUCACCAAAGUACUCCAUGGGUGCCCGCAUUAAGACUCUAGGCGUGAAUAAAAUAGCACCUGGACCUGCAGACUAUGAAGUAGGAAAGGUAUCGUUGAUCAAAUCUUGUGCUCCAGUUCUCACUUUUGGAAUCAGACACUCUGAUUAUACAGCACCCCUGAUUGUGGAUGUCUGCUGAAUUUGUCUCUUGCAAGAAAUCAAAUAUAUUUUUCUACUUACACAUCUAUAUCAUGUUUCUCCAUAUUUUAAAGCUGCCUGUUUGCAGAACUACUAAACUAGCCACCAUCCAUUUAAGUGUUUUUUUUUUCAAAUACUACACUGAAGGACCAAUUCAACCAUGCAGAAACUGAUUAUUGUUCAAGAAUAAAAUUAUAUUCUCUGAUGAAGGAAUGUACCAUAGUCCUCACUGGUGAUGAGGACCCCUUGAAACUAUCACUUGCUCCACUGUUUGGAGGCCGUUGAAUACAUCUUCAUGUCUAAAUUUGGACACCAGUAUACAGACAGCGGUGUCAUUCUCCAGAAGUUGGGAUCCAAUAUGUUAUAUAUAUAUGUGUGUGUGUGUUUGUGGGAAAGCUACUAAGGCUCUAGCUCCUAACAAUUGAAUGGAAUCUGUUUUCAUUCCUGCAGUCUCAGAUAAAGUCUUGUGUAUAUCCCUUUUACUGUCUUCAGUUGUGGAAUAUGUUUUUAAAACAAUAAAGCAAGAAGGAACCUGA